AUGGUGCAAUUAGAGGCCGCGGAACAGAAACGGAGCACCAACCCAGCCCAGCCGUGGGAGACAGAGCAGCCCCAUAGGUUCCGCCCCCAAAGCGCCUCGGGAGCAACAUUUCCGAGCAGGCAGAGCACUGCCUUUGCAUCUCCGCCCCCUCCCAGGCGUCCGUGGCUCCCUUCGCCGCCCGUCUGGCAGAGUGGCUGGCGGCGCGGCCAACCAGAGGCUGGAGAAGGGCUGCCGCCGGGCGAGGCGGGGCGAGGCCCCGGGGUGGCCCGCCCCCGGCUGCGUGCGCCUCGGGCGGCGAGCGCGGCGGCUCCUGGAGCGCCGGGCGAGGGGCGUGGGGAGGGCGGGAUGCGGCUGCCGCGGCUUCGUGUCGCCACAGCCCUGCUCUUUCCUGCCCGGCGAGCCACCGCCAUGGCGCAGCUCCGCGGCGCUUCCUCGUCCGCCGCGGCCUUCGACUACCUCGUGCUGGGGGGCGGCUCGGGCGGGCUGGCCAGUGCUCGGCGCGCGGCGGAGUUCGGCGCGCGGGUGGCCGUGGUCGAAAGAGGGCCGCUCGGGGGCACCUGCGUGAACGUUGGAUGUGUACCCAAAAAGGUGAUGUGGAAUACUGCUGUCCAUUCUGAAUUUCUCCAUGAUCAUGCGGAUUAUGGCUUUGAAAUAUCUGAUGUAAAGUUUAAAUGGCGAAUAAUUAAAGAAAAGCGUGAUGCUUACGUAAAACGACUGAAUGGGAUCUAUCAAAAUAAUUUGAACAAGGCUCAUAUAGAAACCAUUAUUGGCCAUGCAACAUUCACAUCUGAUCAGGAACCCACACUUGAAGUUGGUGGUAAAAAAUACACUGCACCCCACAUCCUGAUUGCUACUGGUGGGCAGCCUCUGGUUCCCAGUGAAAGUGAGAUACCAGGGGCAAGUUUUGGAAUUACUAGUGAUGGGUUCUUUGAACUUGAAGACUUGCCAAAGCGUAGUGUUGUUGUUGGCGCUGGAUACAUAGCUGUAGAGAUUGCAGGUAUCCUUGCAACCUUGGGUUCAAAGACUUCCUUACUGAUACGUUAUGAUAAGGUGCUGAGAAAUUUUGAUUCGAUGAUUAGUUCAAACUGCACCGAGCAGCUGGAACAUGGUGGUGUAGAACUCUGGAAACACGCACAGAUCAAAUCAGUCACAAAGUCAUCUUCAGGACAGCUGGCAAUAAAUGUAGCAUCCUCUCCUCCCAAUCAGAAACCUACUUUUAGCACUAUUGAAGAUGUUGAUUGCCUCUUGUGGGCCAUUGGCAGAAAGCCAAACACAGAGGGGCUAAACCUUGACCAACUGGGUGUGAAGGUAGAUGGCAUAGGUCACAUUAUUGUUGAUGAGUUCCAGAAUACCAGCAGGAAGGGGAUAUAUGCUGUCGGAGAUGUGUGUGGGAAAGCACUUCUUACGCCAGUUGCAAUAGCGGCUGGAAGGAAACUGGCACAUAGGCUUUUCGAAGGUAAAGAGGAUUCUAAAUUGGACUACAGCAACAUUCCAACAGUGGUCUUCAGUCAUCCACCGAUUGGAACAGUGGGACUAACAGAAGCGGAAGCGAUAGCUUUACACGGAGUAGAGAAUGUGAAAACUUAUACAACUUCAUUUAUCCCACUGUACCAUGCUGUAACCAAAAGGAAAACUAAGUGUGUGAUGAAACUUAUCUGCGUCACUAAACAAGAGAAGGUGGUAGGACUUCACAUGCAAGGGCUGGGAUGUGAUGAAAUGCUCCAAGGCUUUGCAGUGGCUGUCAAAAUGGGAGCAACGAAGGCUGACUUUGAUCAGACUGUGGCCAUUCACCCAACUUCUUCAGAAGAGCUGGUUACCCUUCGUUGAAAAGGCGCAUGUGCCUGGUGCUUACAGAAAUGUUUUGUGAAAUGGGUAAGGACUAAUCUUUACAGAGUUGUAUAAAAAAAUUUCUUCUGAACUCAAAGCUAACAUUUCAAGUGAUAUGGUUUUUUUUGUUUUUAUACUGCUACUGAACAAUGAUGGACUUACUUAUCUGUGGAUAAGUACCAGAAAAUGAAUGCUGUGGGUGAGACCUAUGUACUUGGUCAUAAUCAAUAUCAAUAAAGUAAUUCAAAUCAG